AAGCAGCCAGUUGCAACGACUGAAGAGAGUGGAGGAGGAAGGAGGAUGGGAGCGAACGCUAGUCCGCAGAAGUGACCUAAAUAUCACCGCAGACCCGCCAGUUUUCUAGCUUAGUUCUUGCACACGAGGAUCGGUCCCAGUCAAGAUGUCGGCGUCGGCGAUUUUCAUCCUGGACCUGAAGGGGAAGGUGCUGAUUUGCCGUAACUACAUGGGGAACAUGGACAUGAACGAGAUCGACCACUUCAUGCCCAUCCUGAUGAAGAGGGAGGAGGAGGCUGAAAUGACGCCGCUGGUGAGCCACGGCGCUGCUCACUUCAUGUGGCUCAAACACAGCAACCUUUACUUGGUGGCGAUGACUAAGAAGAACGCCAACGCGGCUCUGGUCUACUCCUUCCUGUACAAAAUAAUCCAGGUUUUCAAGGAGUACUUCAAGGAGCUGGAGGAGGAGAGCAUUCGGGACAACUUUGUGACGGUGUACGAGCUGAUGGACGAGGUGAUGGACUUCGGUUUCCCUCAGACGACCGACAGCAAGAUCCUUCAAGAGUACAUCACGCAGCAGGGCCACAAACUAGAGGUGGGCGCCCCCCGACCCCCCGCCACCGUCACCAACGCCGUGUCCUGGCGCUCUGAGGGCAUCAAGUACAGGAAGAAUGAAGUCUUUAUGGACGUCAUUGAGUCGGUAAAUCUACUGGUCAGUGCCAACGGCAGCGUCCUGCGCAGUGAAAUAGUGGGCAGCAUCAAGCUGAAAGUGGUCCUGUCGGGGAUGCCGGAGCUCCGACUGGGCCUCAAUGACAAAGUGCUGUUUGAGAUCACAGGCCGAGAGAAGAGCAAAACGGUGGAGUUGGAGGACGUGAAGUUUCACCAGUGCGUCCGUCUGUCGCGCUUCGAGAACGACCGGACUAUUUCUUUCAUCCCUCCCGACGGCGAGAGCGAGCUGAUGUCCUACCGUCUCAAUACUACUGUGAAGCCUCUAAUAUGGAUCGAGAGCAUGAUUGAAAAGUUCUCUCACAGCCGCGUGGAGAUCAAGGUGAAGGCUCGAAGUCAGUUUAAGAGCCGCUCCACCGCCAACAACGUGUCUAUUUAUGUGCCGGUGCCCAGUGAUGCUGACUCGCCCAAAUUCAAGACCAGCACAGGCAGCGCCAAGUGGGUGCCUGAGAAGAGCGCGGUGCAGUGGAACAUCAAGUCCUUCCCGGGCGGGAAGGAGUACAUCAUGAGGGCGCACUUCGGGCUGCCGAGCGUGGAGAGCGACGAGCUGGAGGCGAAGAGGCCGAUCACGGUUAACUUCGAGAUCCCCUACUUCACCGUGUCUGGCAUUCAGGUGCGUUACCUGAAGAUCAUAGAGAAGAGCGGUUACCAGGCGUUGCCCUGGGUGCGUUACAUCACGCAGAGCGGAGAUUACCAGCUGCGCACAAACUAAAGGGCACAGAUGCUGCUGGACCAGUGGAUGUUUCCUGCCUCCGUCUCCUCUGCUCUCCGCCGCCUUUGUUCAGCUGCCCGUCUGCAACAGACAGCAGAGGACAAGCGCAGGAGGACGCGUUCAGCCCCACACACACGCGCACACACACACACACACACACACACACACACACACACAAACACACACGCACACGCGCACACACACACACACGCACACACGCACACACACAAACACACACACAAACACACGCGCACACACACACAUACACACACACACGCACACACACAAACACACACGCGCACACACACACAUACACACACACACACUCACACACACUCUAAAGAAACGAGACAUCGCGGCUUCCUCUGAGACGAGCUCGUCUCAGACGGGAGCGGCUGUUGCAUCAACUCCGACCUGUGAUUUAUUUUUAAGGGCUCUUCAGGACUCCAGUAAAAACGAUUUCGUAUGCGAAUAAUGAACUGAUAACUUCGUGACACUGCCUGGUUCUGGACGCGCUGUUGUUUCCUUACUUUUAAUAUGAAGUCUCUUAAGGUUAACUUAAAGCACGAGUCGGCAAACAAACAUCAUUUUCACUCUAGUUUCCUUGGGGGAAAAAAUAAAACCAUUUAUUUAGCCUCAUUGGCGGCUGUAACCCAACAAAGUGCCAUGAUGGAGCAACUGUGAUGGGCUGUCAUCGUAGCCAUGACAAUGUGAUUGGUGAUUUAUUUUUUAUCUAAAUGAAAUGUGCUACAUUCUCUACUCGAGACAUCUGUUGUAGAAAAGUCGGCACAGCCAUCAGCUUUUUAACUAUAUUCCUUAUAAUUUUUACCCCACAUUUAUUCCAGCACGCUUGCUGGAGCGUCUGUAUUAUACAUUCAUUGCCUUAAAAAUGUGUAUAUCAUCAUUAUGUAUCAUUACCUUUAGCACUGUGAACAUUAUCCCCAGUGCACUGAAACUAGCACCAGCAACCAGAUCAAUGAUUAAUAAGGCACAAUAUUGUCCGAGGCGCUGGCAGUGUAAUAUAAAACCAUGGCCACACUCCCUCCGGGCCUGUAACCUUGUCCUUUUGCUGGGAAUCGGUUUGCAGCGUUGAUGCGGAGACGAGGACGCAGCGCGGAGCCGCUUUUACGUCGUAUGUCUGUUGUUUGUACAGUAGGUGGUUCCCCUGUGGAAAACGCUUUGAAGGACAUGGGGGUCUUCUUCAGGAUGGGAAAAAACGAUUUAUGUCGGAAUCCGGGAAUAUUAAUGUUGAGCUAAUUGUCUGUUCACUCUUUUGUACGUCGGCCUCCCCUCAUUUUGUUCCUCCUUUAAGCAGUUUGUGCUUUCUGUGCAACUGCACUGCCAACAGCUCUGAUUUGACUUAUUGCAUCUCCACUGUUACAAACAAACCCCCUGUUACAAUCAAUCCAUUAUCCUGUCUGGGGAUUUUUAUUAAGUGUGUGUUUUUUUCCUAAUUUAUAAGCUGCUCUGCGUCCAUAGGAAACAAAGGGAUAUAUUUGGAAAUAAACAACUUUUUUUAUCUUA